AACUGACGCUGACAAAAUCCAUGACAAAAAAACUGCAACUGUCUUGUUGACACAUCUUGUUGUGCUUUCUCUUCUCUGCUUUGCACCUCAUUUCCUUUGCCCACACAAACACGUAAGUCUGAACUUGAAAAAAAAAAAACAAAAACAACGUUGAGUUCAAUGAGUUACAAAGGAAUUGCAAAGUCGCUGGUGGCAUGACGAUAUAUAGUUCGUAUUGGCUCUGUGGGCUAACUAAAUCGAACUAAUUAAGUGGGCUAAUCUCAAUUCCAUGUUAUUUGGCCACACAUUGUAGUAGACUUUGGCCACGCCUCGGUACGCAUACCACAGUACAAGUAUUUACCAACGAAAGUUACACAGAGGACUGACUUUCCGUGGCUUUUUCUGUUUUAAUCACCGUCGUAAAUGCGCUUUAUUUCCAGCGGAGCACAAUGUUUAUAUCACCAAAAGCGCAUAACUGCGUCAUGACUUCUACCAUUGCACCUCUUCUAGGCUUACUCAUAGUUGGUGUUUGCGUUGAAAGCGGCAAUGUUUUGAUUUUACCUGGGGAGUAUAGCCACUGGCACAAUAUGCGUAUGAUUGUGGAAGAGCUUGCAGAACGGAACCACAGCAUUACAGUAUUGGUAAACUCAGCCUCCCCAUCUGUGAAAUCAUUUCAGGACGAGCGUGUAAAUUUUAAAAUUUUCCAGGUUCCUCUGGAGAAACACGAAGUGCACGCCAUGUGGAAUGAGUUUGUUGAUGUGUGGAUGUACCAGUCUAGAACUGCGUCCAUGCCACAAAUGUUUUUUAAAAUUAUAGCCGUGAUGAAUCGCAUCACUGCUCAUAACUAUGUCAUGUGUGAUGGCAUUUUACGCAACCCAAUGUUAAUUGAUGCAUUGAAACUGGCCAAAUUCGAAGUUAUACUGUUUGAUCCUAUGAUGCCCUGCGGUGAUGUUUUGGCGGAAACUUUGGACAUACCGUUUAUUCUAUCCUUGAGACUCACAUUUGGCUAUGUUUUUGAGAGGCAAUGCGGCCAAUUGCCAACACCUCCGUCAUAUGUACCUGCUGUACCAACACAGUUCACAGACCAUAUGGAAUUUAUGGAAAGGCUGCAAAAUGUUUUGAUGUAUGGAGUCCAUACUGCCAUAUUUUACCUGCACACCAAGCUGACUACGAAUAAUUAUUUAAGUGAAAUCAGAGGUAAACCAACAGAAUUAUGUGAUGUCCUUGGUAAAGCUGAUAUUUGGUUGAUCAGGACCUACUGGGAUUUUGAGUACCCCCGACCUCUUCUCCCCAAUUUCAAAUUUGUUGGAGGCCUGCACUGCAAGCCAGCAAAGCCUCUUCCAGAGGACAUGGAGUUUUUUGUGCAAAGUUCAGGGGAUGAUGGUAUUGUAGUGUUCUCACUGGGAUCCAUGAUCAACAACCUCAAUGGAGAGAGAGCAAACACAAUAGCCUCUGCACUUGGAGAAAUACCUCAAAAGGUAUUAUGGAGGUACAGUGGUGUAAAACCAGAGACACUGGCACCCAAUACAAGACUUUAUGACUGGCUUCCUCAAAAUGACCUUCUAGGCCAUCCCAAAACCAAAGCCUUCAUAACCCAUGGUGGCACCAAUGGGCUCUAUGAGGCUAUCUAUCAUGGAGUGCCCAUGGUGGGCAUCCCCCUGUUCGCUGACCAGCCUGAUAAUCUGCACCACAUGAAGGUGAAAGGGGCAGCUGUCAUUCUGGAUUUCAACAAACUAGAAAGUAAAGAUUUAGUGGCUGCUCUCAACACAGUGAUAAAUGAUCCCUCAUAUAAGGAAAGCAUUGUGAGGCUCUCCAGGAUUCACCAUGACCAGCCAAUGAAACCUUUGGAUGAGGCCGUGUUCUGGAUUGAGUUUGUCAUGCGCAAUAAAGGAGCGAAGCACCUGCGUGUCCAGGCCCACAACCUCAGCUGGUAUCAGUACCACAGUCUGGAUGUUAUUAUAUUCCUGCUUGCAAUAGUGGGACUGUUCAUUUUUAUUGUGGUAAAAUCAUGUUGCUUCUGCUUCAGGAAGUGCUUUGGGAAAAGUAUCCUAAAAAAGAAAACAGAGUAACAUUUUAAAAAAUAUGGAUUAAAGUUUUUACCAUGGAAAAAAAUAA